CUUCGCUUCUUCGGUAGAAAACGAAAAAGAAAAAGAAAAAAAAAAGCCUCUUUUCCUCUCUGACUUCGCUCCCCUCGCGUGCAUCGGCGAUCCACCCCCACCUCCUCCUCCUCCUCCCCCCGUCUCCGGCGAGGCAACCGCCGCCGCGCCAUUGCGCCCGGGCGAGCUGGUCCUCCCUCGGGGCUCGUUCGACCGCAGAAGCGGGUGCGUGUGUGUGUGUGACCGGAGCUGAGGGGAGGGGAGGUCAGGUCGGUCAAAUCCUCAAUCCCCAAGGGGUUUCUUGGAUUCUUGGCGGGGGAGGGGGGCGCGGGCCAACCAGCCAUGUCCGUCGAGCUCAUCCUCUGGCUCUUCUCCUUCGCCUCCAUCAUGGUCCUCAUCGGCCUCACCGCCUACCAGCUUAUAUGUCUAUCUGAUUUGGAGUUUGACUAUAUCAACCCAUACGAUUCUUCAUCUCGCAUCAACUCAGUGGUCCUUAUAGAAUACUUACUCCAAGGGGCCUUGUGUGCUUCUUUCCUCUUAACACUGCACUGGUUCCCGUUUCUAGUUAUGGCACCUGUAGCAUACUACCAUGGCAAAUUGUAUAUGGAUCGGAAACACCUUGUAGAUGUUACCGAGAUAUUCCGGCAGCUCAAUUGGGAGAAAAAAUACAGGAUGAUCAAGCUUGCAUUCUACUUUAGUUUGUUUAUUAUAACAAUCUACAGGCUUGUUAUGACGGCUGUAAUGCUAUUUAUUGAUGAGGAUGCAAAUCUGGUUGACACUAGAACUAUAUAAAGUUCAUUACCAACUUUAUCACGCAAGAUGUUUAGGAAAAUGUUUAUGAUGCAGUGAAGUAAGUUUUGUGGUGUGCAUCAUUGGACAGCAGGUUCCAAGUUAAUAUUAUCAGCUUCGUGAGCAAAGAAUUCAGUACAUUGCUCUGGCUUUUAGAGAAAGAAGAUUCAUUAGCCCACUAGCUGGGUACUGAAUCUGCUCUGGCAGAUAACCAAAUCUGCUGUACAAUGUACUUUGAUGUGUUCUGGGUGGCCAAUGACAUCUAGCUAAAUUUGAUAGCCGGCGAUGCUGCAUUUGGAAAUCAGUUAUUCAUACUUACAUCCCAGAUAGUACUGUUGUUGUAUUCAAUUGAAUACUGAGUUGUCUAUAAAACCGACUCAAAUCUGAGUGUUGUUUGUAUCAAAGCAUUUGCAGUGGAACGUCACCAUCAUGUCAUUGUGCUUCAUAUAUUUUUCAUAUGAGAUUUGCUCCAGUCCAAUAAAAAGUACCUCUCGAGGUACCA